GAAACAUGGGAUCCCCACUGACACGCUUCCCAAAUUCACUUUUUUGGUACUCACCCGAUACGGAUACAUACUAGUACGCAACCACGACGGGGAAAGACGAAGCAAUCGAACGGAACACCGUGACGGGACCAUGACCUCCUUCAUCCCAAAACCCAACAUGGAUCAUGGCAGAGGAAAUGGAGGCUUUCACCUCGACUCUUUCUGUUUCCUUCAUUAUUCUCCUCCUCCAUCCCUAGAGAUAGAGGUACCCUGACCGGUAUCCCUUCCCCCCCCUUCAACCUUCGACUUAUUGUUCAUUCUGCUUUCCCUUUCAGCCUCAGAGCAUCACCCGUCGUCACCAGGGGCUUCGCUGUGACCAGUGCCUCAUCAUCCCGUCACCACCAUUCCAUUGUCGCCAGAAAAGGUCACGGUGGACGUGUGUGCAAGGUAGAGAGGAAACACGAACAACAACGGACAUCCACGGCAACGACCACGCCCGCAUUACCUCGAUCGCGAGAACGACUGGACACGACACGAUACGACACGACACGACACGGACCCGGGCCCGGGUACCAACGACUCGAAUCUUCCCCCUUUCUUCUUCUUCCCUCCAUGCUAUAUCCUGUUCUUUGCCAGUCCAGGGUGUCAUUCCAGCAGCGAAGAGGGUCCUCCACAGACAAAGCUUCAUUGCGUCCAUCUUGAUCCGAGCUUGUCCUGUCGCAAAGGGAGGCGUUCUCCAUAAAGGACUACGGUCAAAGAAGCGACACACCACUUGGCCCGGUACAGUACCUGAAUCAGGAAGCUCGUUUCCUCGAUCCGGUUAACGACUUGCGACCGGAGCACUUUGGAAGUUGCCUCUGAGCCAUCCACGCGCGACGGCGCUAGCCCUUUCGCGCCUGCCUUGGACUGCCGGCAAGAGCACGUUCGAAUUCGAUAUUGGAAGGAGCGAUAUACAAGCUACAUUCACCAAGACCCUUCCUGUCCUCGAUCUCCGCAGUCCAGUUUCAAAUUGCCAAAAAAAACAGACCACGGCGGCAGAGAAAACGAGAAGGAAGCAAUUGCCGUCCAGGCGUCACCAUAUGCGGGGGUUCCUUCUGACCUCAGAGUUCUGAUCCAGAUUUGAAAGCCAUAUCGUCAAAUCAACUUCACCAAUUGCUCACUUACAAUCACUGGUGCAGUAGUAACUUGUCGUCGUCGGACUUUUUCCCCCCCACCACGUCAUAUCCGCUGUUUCCCCCGCCGUAAGAAGGAGUUUUCUCGCGGCAUGUAUCUCGCCAGGACGCGGUGUCAGAACCCUCUCCCCUCCUCGUCGCCCUUCUCAAGUCAGCAUCAGUCUCCUGCCGAUCGGUGGACAACCCAAUCACUCGUAUCUGGCUGGCGUCGCUACGGAAACCUCAUCAAGAACUCAAAUCCAAGCAGUGCCGGUGGUCUUCAGACGCCGCCAUACGACAACGACAUGGGUACCACAUACCAAGUGCCGAAGUUGACUCCCUCCUACGAACAACAUAGGUCUUACACUCAUCCAACUCUGCCGGCACUUUCCAGUUGUAGUGCUGUGUCCCAAAGGCCGCCUCGAGAUUUGGCCCACAUGUUUAACAACUCCGAGUCACUGUGUUCUUACUCGGACACACAGUCACUUUACCUUCCCAACCCACAGCAAUGGUCGACUGCCGCUUCGUCUACUAGCUCGAAUUCAGGUUCGGCACAGCGAGGUUAUGCCCAGCAGCAUCAGCAAUACCAACAGCGGCAGCACCAGUCACGGCAGCAAAGUCCACCGCGGCAGCAACGCCAACAACAAUACGUUUCGCAGAAGCAACAGCAGCAGUACCAGCAGCAGCACCAAUCACGGAAGCCAUCUUCACAGCGGCCCUCAAGACCGCCCUCACCCAGCCCCAUCAGACGAGAACAGGAGAUCUCGAAGCGGGAUGCCGCCAUGGCACUCCACAGCUUGCAGGUUCCGGCAUGUAUCAGUCCCAAAGGCGGAAGUCUCUCGGAUUUGGUGGCCGAUCUGACAGCGCUGUUUUGGUUCGAAACUUCAAAAGUACUUGAGCGGGCCGCGACAUACGAUGCCCUUCGUCCAGGUGCCGCCCCUGUACGACGGAUCGAGGGACCCGCCAUCGCUUGCCCCAACUUCAAGAAAUGGGUCCACAACCUCUUGUCGACUACCCAGGUGACACAGAAUGUUAUUCUUCUGUCUCUCUUGUACAUCCAUCGACUCAAGGUUCUGAACCCCAAAAUGCAUGGGCUCCCAGGCAGUGAGUAUCGGCUGCUUACGGUCGCGCUGAUGUUAGCAAAUAAGUUCCUCGACGACAACACAUACACCAACAAGACGUGGUCUGAGGUGUCCCAGCUUUCGGUGAACGAGAUCCAUGUUAUGGAGGUUGAGUUUCUGGGAAAUAUGCGAUACAGUCUUCUGGUCACCGAGAAGCAGUGGGAAGAAUGGCUGGUUAAGCUGGCUAGAUUUCGCGAAUAUCUGGAGCGAGCGCGACAAGUUUCUUCACCAGCAGAUCUGUUGGCACCGUCACCAAACGCCCUCCCCGUUUCGGCUUUGCCCUCUCCCACAACAGGCCAGCACUUCCCCUCACCACUGCAGCCGACUCUGGCCGGACAGUCACCAAGCGCGAGUUUCUAUGCGAAGCAGAGCUCUGGCCAAGGUUGGCCGACCCAUGCCGCCGGCCAAACCCCAAUCUGGAACCCGGCAAGCACACCCUUAACCCGAAAGAGGAGCAUGCCAGAGUUUGAUCUUUUAGAGCCGCCAGCUAAACGUCGGACGCCGUUGAAGCCGUACGCCUCCUCAGAGACCCUAUACCCCACAGUAACGGUACCUGAAGCCCUCAGAAAUUCUCGAGAAUUUGCCUGUGCACCGCUUCCAUCGACGAGCGAGAUGGCCUUGAAACAAGCGCGCUUGUCGGUGUCAAACUUGACACUGAACAACGCUCAAUCAUCCACGGCAAACACGCUCCCGGGUGAAGUCUAUUCCCGCGUCAGCUACGCACCGGAGAGCAUGAUUUCUUUGCCUCCCAUCCUUUUACCUGCUCCGGGCAUGGCUGCGACCUACGUCAACUCCACGUCGGCGGCUGCUCCCAUGCCAUCAAUCUUGCCGACCAGCGGCUCUGGUGUCUCGCCGUCGACCGUCGUUGCAGCUUCGACAACGGCUCACCCGACCUCUCAGUAUGCCUUGUCUGCGAACCGCCUACAGUCUCAGCACAGCCUGACCUCAAGCGGGGCUUAUCUUGGCUCAUCUCCCAUCGGCGAGCCGCUCAUACAUACUCCGAUGUCGGCAAGUUCUCCUUCCAACAUAUAUCUUCAACAGCGGACGAGCCCGUACAGACCGGUCCGACAUGCCGAAACAUUGCUUCAUCCCCCGCCAUCGGCCUUUCUCCAACAAUACCAUCUUCCGAACCCGAUUCCUCCGCCUCAGCUACACUAUCAACCGCUUGGGCGGCGGAACGAGGUGCGCACGGGCAUUGUUCCAGAAUUCGCCAUGCCCAAUAGUGGGUUGACAAUGGCCGGAGCGGGUCGGUAUCAGGAGCCUAUCCCUGCCUUUCGUCAAUCGUUUUCGUUGCCUUUACGGGAUAUUCCGCCGGCAACAUCUGCAUAUUCACAGCAACCAAGGCGUUAGCAUGCAAUCUUAGGCAUAUUUAGUUCACGAGGAUGAUCUUUCUUUUACGAAUGCAUUGACUCCCUGUACCAUCAUGUUUUGCCCAUUGGCCGUUACUCUUUUUUCUUUUGCAUGGUUUGCAUUGCACCGGCGUUUAUAUUGGUUGUGUCAGUCCCUAUUUAAUUGCAUCGUAUCUUUCGGGAGCGACAAGCAAAGGGCGCUGAGGUCACAGCGCGGCUAUCUUAUGACCAUCUCGAAACGAACUGCCAUUCCCCAGCACUUACACUUUGGGCGUAUCUCUUUAUGAGUUGAACAAAACCUGAGGCCAUGGGUCGGAUUGGGGGGUAUGAUUGGGACAAGGAGCACAUGAUGAACUUUGGCCAUGCGAUUCCGACACCUUUUUUGCGUUUGCGUUGAGUUCACACCACUGAGCAUCUUGACCGCUCACGCAUAUUGGGACUUGAUAGAGGGCCAAGAAUACACAUUAGACAUAGGAUCACUGGGCAAAUGGUGACCUCAAAAUGAGCUGGGAGGGAGAGAGGAUGGGGGAGCCAUGAGAUAAUGAGGAUCCUUGGUUGUAUUUGCAUGCAUUUAAUUAGCAGCGGUACCCUUCCAUUCCGCUGGGCCAGGAUCAGACGACGCAUGGUUAGGGAAGAGUAAGAUACCUUAGAGAUUAGCAAGAUACCCUUUUGAUUUACAUCGCC